AUGGCUAACGUUCUUGAACAACUUCGUCAAUAUACAACAAUUGUUGCUGAUACAGGUGAUUUUGAAUCAUUAGAAAAAUAUAAACCAACCGAUGCAACAACAAAUCCAUCAUUAAUAUUAGCUGCUGCUAAUAUGAAACAAUAUGAUCAUAUUAUUAAUGAUAUUAUUGAUAAAUGUCGAGAAAAUGAUACAUCGGAAUUAGAUGAACAAGUAAUAAUUGAUAAUGUUAUGGAUAAUGUAUUUGUUGCAUUUGGUGAAGAAAUUCUUAAAAUAAUACCUGGUCGUGUAUCAACUGAAGUUGAUGCACGUCUUUCAUUUAAUAUUGAAGGGCAAAUAAAUAAAGCACGUCAUUUUAUUGAUUUAUAUGAAAAACGUGGAAUAUCAAAAGAUCGAGUGUUAAUUAAAUUAUCAUCAACAUGGGAAGGUAUACAAGCAGCAAAAGAAUUGGAGGAAAAAUAUGGUAUACAUUGUAAUAUGACAUUAAUUUUUUCUUUUGCUCAAGCAUUAGCAUGUGCUGAUGCACAUGUAACACUUAUUUCACCAUUUGUUGGACGAAUUUAUGAUUGGUAUGUUGAAAAAAAAGGCAAACGUGAAUAUGAAAUUGAUGAAGAUCCCGGCGUUGUCAGUGUUACACGUAUUUAUAAUUAUUAUAAACAAAAUAAUAUAAAAACUGUUGUUAUGGGUGCAUCAUUUCGUAAUACGAAACAAAUUCUUGGUUUAGCUGGAUGUGAUUUAUUAACCAUAAGUCCAAAAUUACUCGAUGAAUUAGCAUCCCAAAAAACAUCAGAUAAUGAACCAAUAAAAGUCUAUUUAAAUAAAGAACAAACUGAAAAAAAGAUGCAAGAAAACAAAAAGUAUGAAAAACUUGACGAAAAAACAUUUCGUUGGAUGUUAAAUGAAGAUGAAAUGGCUCAUGAUAAAUUAUCAGAUGGUAUACGAAAAUUUGCAGUUGAUGCAAAAAAACUCGAAGAACUUAUUCGGUCACGUAUUCAACAAAAAAAAUGA